AUGGCGCGAGCACUUGAGCAACUCACCGCUUUCUUGACCGAACAAGCUGAAAGAGCAAGGCAAGGAGCAGGACAAGGGGCUGCGAAUAACCAGGAAGAGAUUUACCACGGACUGGACAAGUUCCUGAAGCGAAGUCCGCCUAAGUUUGAAGGAGGAUAUAAUCCGGAUGGAGCUUAUGAAUGGGUGCGAGAACUGGAAAGGAUUUUCGAAACCCUGGUAUGUGCUGAACCUAGAAAAGUGGCUUUCGCUAGCUAUUUACUUUCAAGUGAAGCAAGGACAUGGUGGACGAGUGUGAGGGGAAGAAUUACCCCGGAAGAAGGGGAGUUGAUUUGGGAAAUCUUCAAGAAUUCUUUUCUUGAGAAGUAUUUUCCGGCAGAUGCCAAAGGUAGGAAGGAAAUGGAAUUUUUUGAAUUGAAGCAGGAAGCGAUGUCGGUAGGUGAGUAUGCCGCAAAGUUUGAAGAGUUGUGCCAAUUCCAUCCGCGCUACAGCACGGCUAAUGAUGAAACAUCAAAAUGUGUCAAGUUUGAGUAUGGAUUAAGGCCUGACAUUAGGACUGUCGUAGGGCAUGACCAAAUUCGAAAUUUUGCUACUUUAGUGAAAAAGUGCAGGAUUUUCGAAGAAAAUGAGAAGACAUGA